UACAGUAGUCACAUGAAAUGGGGGGAAGUAACCCUUCAGCCAACUCUCCUCCCCUCUCACUCCUCCUCCUCCUCUUCCUCCUCCUCCUCCUCUUCCUCGCCGCGCGGGGCCACACUCCUCCUGACUGCGUUGCCGUCAUGGCCGACUCUCCUCUCAACAACUCCUGGCCGUCCUUCUCCAGGCUGUGGAUGAAGAGGUGGUCCUUCAAGAGAGCGUCAGAGUGUAAGCCUUAUAGUGGACAAGAGGAUGUUCAUCUUCAUGCAGCAGCAACAACAACAACAUCCCCCACCUCGCCAUCAUCGCCUGCAUCCAUCACUGAGGACGUCUUCUUUGGUGCAUCCAACAAGGAUCAGGACAGGAUCUCGGUGGUGAGCGAGGGCGACCUACGAGGCGUGGAAGUGAGCAGCAGCGUGGAAGACCUCAGCUCUUCUUUGGGAGACUCGGACUACUUCAGGCACCUGAAUGCUGACCUUGCAGGGCCCCUAAAAGACAGCGGCUCCCAGACCACAGCGCCCCCAUCGCCCUCACUGGCGCCCCCUACUGAGGAGGCACCCGGGGGCACCCUGGUGGUCACCCAGCUGCGUCCCAACCGCCCCCCCAGCUGUGUGACGGACUCCUCGGGCCCCGGGGUCGGGCUGAGGUUGACAAUUCAUCUGAGCGGACUGCUGGGAGCCACGGAAACUACGGAGAGCACCAAAACAAAGCAGAACACCGAACAUUCCGAGGUGGACAGUUUCCCCGGUUUAGCAAGAUCCAUGUCCACGUCCCGGCGACACAGCUGGGGGGUCCCGGUGGCCCCCAUCAACCUGGCCAGGAGACUAAGUCUAGACAUCAUGGCCAUGGACAGUGCAGAAGAGUUGCAGUGCAGUCAUCAGAGGACAAACACAUUGUGUGGCCAGGAGGAGACGACUGUGUGCAGUCCUGCUAAGGCUGCAGGCAAGCAAGUUUACUCUCGCUCGGACAUCCUGGCCAGCGAGGCGUGUUGUCGUGCUGCUCACAUCUCUCACGUCCUGCACUCCUCCACGCAGGCAGCCAGGGCUGCAGGAGAAGAGUUCGACCCUGAGGAACACCUUCACUCCACUGAGGGCCAAAGUCACAUGCUGAUGGUACAGAAAGUUCUGCAGGAGCUGAAGUUGUACCACGGAGCCAAGCAGAGAAGCAACAAAACCCACAACAAAGAGAAUGUCACAUGGUACGAGUUCCUGUCCAACGACAGGAACGAGGAAGAGGACGAUCGAGCUGAGAAGGUGGAAAAAGGUACCAAGGUGAAGCGGACGCUGAGCUCGUUGAGGAACAGGAUGACAGGGUCCUUCAACAAAGAAAAGGGUAAGAACCGAGACAAAGAGCCCCAGCAAAGGGCCCGGGAGAAGGAGGCCCAGGAGACCGAGGGCAGCCACAGCAACGGCCAUGUUUUGGCGCUGGGCACUUUCUCCAGCUGUGCCACCUGCUCGCUGUGCGGCAAGACUCUGCAGAAAAAGCACAGCCUGCAAUGCAUGAAUUGUGCUGUGAAUGUUCACAAGAGCUGCAAGUCUCUGCUGGGUGAGUGCACCAGCACCAAGAACAAGAGAGAUUCUUUAUCAAGGACAGGCCUGUCUGGAUCCCCUAAUAUUGGACUGAAAGAGCGCGCCAGAGAGCACGAGCAGUCGGGCACACCCUCGUCACAAACCCAACUGAAUGGGAACCCAACUUUCCCCGGCGCCCCCGGCAUGACCAUCAUCCCUCGGGGACGAAGUAACCAGCCCAGUGCGUCCUGUCCUGCAGCGCCCACUUCAAACCUCAGCAUCCCAGCGUCCUGUGUGUUGUCUCUCAGAACUCUCCACGGGGAGAUGGAUGAGACCGACGCCCUUCGCUCCAAGCGCUGCAACGAAGACACCAUUUCCCUCGUCCCCUCCACCACGGAGUCCAUCAUAGUGGAAGAUGCUCACUACGCUGCAGUACGGGCUGAUCUGGAGUCUGAUGCGCAGGACCUGGAAGCAGAGUCCUGGAGUUUGGCUGUUGACCAGCAGUAUGUUAAGAAACACUCCAAAGAGGCCACGAAAAGACAGGAUGUCAUAUACGAGCUGAUGCAGACGGAAAUGCAUCACGUCCGCACGCUGAAGAUAAUGCUGCGCGUCUACGUCAAAGAGUUGAAGGAGAACCUCCAGCUGGAUUCAAGCAGGCUGGACUGUCUCUUCCCACGCUUGGAGAACCUCCUGGACCUCCACACGCAUUUCUUGUCUCUUCUCAAAGAACGCCGACGAGACAACAUUGUUUCGCCCGCCGACGACAACAACUAUACGGUCGACAGAAUAGCAGACAUACUAAUUGCACAGUUUUCAGGUGAAAUAGGUGAGAAGAUGAAGGAAUGUUACGGGGAUUUCUGUAGUCACCACACGGAGGCGGCGGGCUACUACAAAGAACAGAUGCAAGCAAACAAAAGGUUCCACAGCAUCAUACGGAAAAUCAACAACCUGUCCAUCGUGCGGCGGUUAGGAGUAUCCGAGUGCGUUCUGUUGGUGACACAACGCAUCACCAAGUACCCAGUGCUGGUGGAGCGGAUUCUGCACAACACUGAAGUUGGUACUGAGGAGCACACGGAGCUGACCCGAGCACUCGGCUUAAUUAAAGACACUAUUGUUCAAGUGGACGCCUUGGUGAAUCUGCACGAGAAGACGUGUCGCCUUCGCGACAUCCACAACAAGAUGGAGCCGAAGGCGCUGGGGAAAAUCAAAGAUGGCCGGGUGUUUCGCCGGGAGGACUUGGCACAAGGUCGGCGACGGCUACUGCAUGAAGGGACGGUCAACUGGAAAGCUGCUUCUGGCAGGCUCAAAGAUAUUCUGGCUGUUCUCCUCUCAGAUGUGUUACUGCUGCUGCAAGAGAAGGAUCAGAGAUACGUGUUUGCUACAGUGGACAACAAGCCGUCGGUCAUCUCGCUUCAGAAGCUGAUUGUGAGAGAGGUGGCCCACGAAGAACGAGCCAUGUUUCUGAUCUGCGCUUCCUCCAACGAGCCGGAGAUGUACGAGAUCCACACGGCCUCCAAGGAGGAGAGAAACACGUGGAUGACACUCAUACGGCAGGCUGUUGAUAGCUGUCCUCAUACCGAGGAGAGGCUGUUCAGUGAGGAGGAAGAGGCGCGAGCUUCCAGGUUUAAAGAAUUUCAAGAACGGUUGAGCCAGAAGGAUGCCGUCAUCGUCCAGGCACUUUCUGAGAAGCUGCAGCUUUUUGCAGACAUGGCGGACACUGUCGCGGGUCUGGAGGACGCGGCUUCUCGCUCCAAACUGCUGUUACGGGGUGAUGCCUCGGAUCUCCAGCAGGGGGAGACAUUGCUGAAAGGAGCCAUCACCGAGGUGGAAAACCUACAGAAUUUGCUCCAAUCUGGAAUAAGGGAGGAGAUGCAGGAUGAAGAGAGCGGCUCUGGACUGCUUCCUAGGAGAGCAGACACCUUUGGGGGCUACGACAGCAUCCUCACCACGAAUGGCAGUGUCAACAACAACUUUUCUGGCCAGUCCAGAAACCGAGACCGAAGCCAGCGGGCCAGCUCUGACCCUCAGCUCAAAGAUCUGUGUGGCAGCCGGACUCUGGAGCAGACGGUCAACGAAAGCUGCCGCACUUCGACCAGAUGGAACCGGAUCUGGUGCAGCUCCUACCCUGAGGCAGAGUUCUUUGAGCGAGUACUAAUGCUUUCCCAAAGGCUCUACAGUCUGCAGGCCAUCAUAUCGCAGCAGGACAGCCACAUGGAGCUGCAGCGCGUCUCGCUGACGGAGCGAGCCUCCCUGCCCGGCCGCCACCGCGGCAACGUGCUCCUGGAGCAGGAGAAGCAGCGGACGCUGGCCCUGCAGAGAGAGGAGCUCGCCAGCUUCCACAAACUGCAGUCCCAGCAUCGGCAAGAGCAGCAGCGCUGGGAGAAGGAGCGCGCCAGGCACCGCCAACAAGUGGAGGCCACAGAGGCCAGGCUGUGGCAGAGGGAGGAGGAGUGCAGGCACUUGGAGGAGCGUCUGGCAGAAGAGAGGGUGGAGCUGGAGAGGCAAAGGGAGACCUACCAACAGGACCUGGAGAGGCUGAGAGAAUCCACCCGGGCUGUUGAGAAGGAGAAGGAACGCCUGGAACACCAGAAGAAGAUCAAGAGGAAAACCAUCGAGGUGGUUCCUCUGGCAGGCAGCCUAAACGGGGAGCUCCUCUUAUCCUCCGGCCUCAGUGGCUCCACCGGCCUCUCUGAAGCCCCCCUGCCCCAGAAGCCCCUUGUGCGUGGCAGCCUCUCCGUGGCACCGGCUGACUACUCGGAGCGGCCCGAGGUGACGUUGCGGCGGGACGCCAGCUCCUCCGCCCUGCCGUUGAAGACCGAGGUGCCGCUCCACCUCUUCAGCACCACCAACCAGCAGCACAAACUGCUGGGGGUGCAGCAGCAGAUCCCCACCAAACUGGCCGCCCUCAGCAGCGGCAAAGGGAAGGGAGUCAAGAGCGGGAAGGCCUCGCAGCGUACUGACAGCACUGCCUCCGUGGACAUGAAGCAGAUUCUUCCUCUGAAGCUGUCUGCUCGCGACGACAACGCCCUCAAAGCCAAGCGCUCCGUCAGCCCCAACCAGCAACCGCCUCCUAUGCCUCCCUCCCUGCAUCAUCACUUAGAUCCAAGCCCUCCAGACAUUUCCGGACCGGAUUCCCAUUCUACGGUUCCUGGCAUCAGCCACCCUGCAACUCUCCACAAGCCUCCCGUGCCUCUCGCUCAGCCUCACUCCAUCCUGCCGGCCCAGGUGCAGCCACAGGGCCUCUGCCCUGACCCCCACAUGCCGCCGCCACCGCCGCCCUACAUCAGCACAGAAGACCUCAACAAGGAAGAUGUCAUCUUCUUCUGAAUUCACAUCAGCAGUCUUAAUAUAUUUACUCUCUUCUAAAGCCCAAACAUUUGGCUUCUUUACAUGAAUCGAUCCAAAGAUGUCAGCCAUUGUCAGUGAAAGAAGUCCAAUGAUGUGAAGACCAGACUGACGUGUGCGUCAACAGGAACACUUGCUUGGUGGUUCAUUUGCACAGUGUAAAUACUCCAUUCCUGACUCUUGAACGAGCCUUUAGGGGUCUUUUUAUAAUGCUUUGUAGUGUUCUUAACUACACUUUUAGGGAUAUUUUUCUAAUCCUAGAAAUGAUCAAGUCAACACCCUUUGUUGAAAUAUUCUUCCCUCCAUGUGACUGAGUGAAGGUAGGAGGCGGUGUACCCCCUGGAUACAAUCACGGGUCCCCUUUCGUUUUAAGCCUACACUUUUUAUUAUGGUCCCUUUUUAAAAAACAAAACAAAUGUACAGAUCUAUAAUGAAGACAUCAGAUUUUGAAUGUUAUCAGUGUGUGUUUAGACUCUGAUUGAAGUUUUUGGCCGGCUGGUGAAGGCAAAAUACAGUCGUGGUCAAAAGUGUACACACACUUGUAAAGAA